AUGAGCCGGGAAUCACCGCACCCCGAAACUCACUUGCGACAUUACAGAAGGGGAUUCCGAACCGACGACGCCACGUUGCAGAGACUGCCGCAGCCACCAUCUGGCUCGCAGAGCAAGAGAAGAAAGACGGCUCCACCAGUGCAGCCCGGAGGACACGCAAGACUUCGAAGCGAUGCUCGCCCGUGUGCUGAGACUGCUGUCCAUGGAGAGCUGGCGAUCUGUAUCCAUGACUGCGGUCUCCAGCAUCGCCUCAACGAUGGCUCUGUGGACUGCAGUGAGGCCGAGUGCCAUGUCAAGACAUGCGCUGCCGACCUUCGCGUAGAGCACCUCCCUGGUCGGCUCAAAAAUGGCCCAUUUUUCAGGUUUGAGGAUGGCACGGAGAGCAAUGUUGACUGCGGCGAAGACGACUUUGUGCUCGAAGCGGAAGCGCUCGUCGAGCGACAAGAUGUAGUGGAUAACGCCUUCACAGAGCUCUUGCAAGAGAUCCUUGGUAUCUGUAUCCCAGUCCUCCUAGGCUGCCGGGACGCAGAGCUGGUUCUCGUGCAUCGCUGCGUUGAUCAUGAGACCUGCGGACGCGCCGAUUAGACCUUGCGCUUUUGCUUGGUGUCAAUCAUUCAGGUGACGGGUGUGACGGCUGCAAUCGUCGGAGCCGGCCUCAGGGCCAAGUUGGGAAAACAACUCGUCCAUGUGUACGUUCUUCUGGCGGGUCUUCCUUGCCACUUGGUGAGAUGGCGACUGCCUCUGCCCAGAGACUUUGUAGACGAAGCAUGUUUGGCUUGGUCUCUGUCCACUAAGAAAGAAGAGGUGCUGGCGGAGUCAGCCUGUAGACUCAACGAUUCAGAAUCGCCCUGUCUGGUGUAUUGGCAGGUGCUGGAGGCGGUCUCGAAUGGUACGCUUACCUCGGUGCUGGCUUGUGCACCCGUGAAGCAGAUCGGGGUUGAUGUUGAUGAUGGAGAAAAGAGUGAUGGCCUGGUG